GGAGCCGCCUGAGCAGCCUCACCCUGGGCAGCGUAGAGGGGCUGGGGGGGACCAAGGGUCUCUGUGAGGUUGUCCCACAGAGCCUCGCUGGGCUGGGGAUGACGCAGAGACUGUUUGCUCUCUUGCAGAUGGAGUGCUCCGAGGAGCUGGAGAGCAGGCUCCUGACCCAGCCUUGGGCUUCUGUUUGCUUUGACGAGUCCACUUUUAUUGCCAAAGCUUGCUUCGGGGAUACAGGCUACAUGCUGCUGAUCUCCGACCUCAGCGGUGUCUGGUACGAGAGUGCCGACACGGAGGCUGUGGGGCAAAGGUCCAAGGAGCUGAACAAGCGGCUGACGGCCCACGUCUCCUCGGUCUUGCAGCGCCUGCACGGCCUCCUGAGCCCCGUGCUGGCAGGGCAGCCGCACGCCGCCACCUCCUUCUCCUGCCAGCGCCCGGGCGGCGGGCUCAGCCUGCGCGUGAGGAGCGAGCUCUCGGGGCUGCCCUUCUACUGGGACUUCCGCUGCCGCCCCGCUCCCGUGGCGACGGUUGAGGCGGAC